AUGUGUGUGACGGUGACUGGAGAUGCUGUACAGAAGAUGACGCCGCAGUCAGCAGAACAGUACUAUCCCACGUGGACACAGUCAGUCCUCGAGUUUGAUGAGAACGUAGAAGAAACAGACCACGAACAAGGGUCGCGCAUGUGUGGAGGGGGGACGGUGGGUUUCCCGUAUCUUCCAACAGAGCUGGAGGAAUUAUCCCAGCGCAGCUGUGCAAGGGAAUCGUGUGAGCCCGAAGCAGCUUGUGGUCCUGUGCCAAAGAGGCCAGCAUUUGACCAGCCUACGAGCUCCAGUCGCGCGCCGCCGUCAAACAGUCCUAUUUUCGUGCAUACUCAACCGCGCCGGCGGCAGCGAAGAGAAGUAGAUGGCAUGCAGCACGCUGGGUGCCUCUAUGGAGGACAGUAUGGCGCGUGGGUUGAGGCGGAAACCGAAGCCGUCAACCCGGAGUUGCUGGCAGCUUUCGAACACCUGCGGCAAGGUCGACCGCCGCGGGUGAACACCGUGUCUGAGGGCGCGACUUCUCAAACGCCGGGUACGCAGCUGGAAAGCUGGUCUGGAGAUCCUCCCAACUGCCGGACAGCUCGGUUACAAGGGAUGAAGACCGGCGGCCAAACGCGGUACCUGAGUGGGGAUACGAACGGAACUUCCGUACAGCCGCUGCGCAACCCGCCGGCAAUCAGAAUUUCACAAGUACCCUGCAUGCGUCCACAAACUCAGAGUCCGCACACUGGGCACGGGUUUCUGCUAGCCGAUGACACUAAGGACGUGCCAUCGAGUUGUCAAUCGACUGUGGAUAGCAGCCUUCUUUCAAGCCCUAGAGAUCGAUGCACAGACUCGCGGAAUUCGCGGGGAAAUCAUGACUCUCGAAGUGCCGCGUCAGCACCAAACUACCGGACUCUCACGGAGGACGUCUCGAGGGAAAGAGGCAGCGGCACCCGCGCAGUCGAAGCAGUUCCAACAGAGACUGCGGGUCCGAGGGAGCCUGCAUUCACGUAUGAUUUCCCAGGAAAGCCCGUAGCGCUCUUCUAUCCCGAGAUCUACCCGGACCGCGUGGUGGUGACGGAUGAAGCUCCGGAUGAGUCGGCAGCCCUCGGCACAGUCCUCUCGGGUAACGGCCAGCGAGCGGACUGUCCUGUUGCCGCUUCAAUGUCUCGGGUGCCUGGUAGCGGCGUGCUGGACGGUCAGGCGAAGUUCUCGUCAAUGUGGGUUCGCAGCGACGGCAGGCUAGGCGGGUGCGUACCUGUGGUGUCCGCGUCAAUGUCCCCAGGGAUGCAUCCAGCGGGGCUUACUGCUCAACUGUGGCCGCUGUACCCAACUCAAGCUGGAGAGUCGCGUUUGCUUCAUUCCGCAACCUUGCGGCCUGUGAAAGACGUGUACAGUUCACCGGGGUUCUGA